UUGUUGUUGUUGUUGUUGUUGUUGUUUGGUCUGCCGGACACACGGGGGCGCUGUGCUCAGUUCUAACGUGUAAUUUGCGUCUGUAUGAGUUGACGUGAAGUUGCAGUCUCUUCAUGUUUUCCGGAAUUUCUUUAAUUUAACGCAACAAGUAGGAAGUGUAGAACUUUCCGGAGACCUCCUGCGCACGAUGAGAAAGCGCAGAGCCGAGAGCUCGUCACUUCACGAGGUUCCUCAGAAGAAGAAAUGUCGCUGUGUGUGUGAUGCAGAGCCCGAGCUGGAGGCAGUGCACGCGCUGCACGCCGCUCCGCGUGCGCUCUUCACCACUGUAAUCGGAGAGCAUCGCAGAAAGAGACCGAGAUGCUGCGAGGAUCCUGAACAGCACGGCAGAACAGGGGCACCGGGGCACAGACUGAGUAACGCUACAGACGGCGUGAAUGAGGAGACCGGGGAUGUGCGCGUUUCUGGAAAGUUCCGAGGCGCGAGCGGUGCGUGCAUGUGCGAGAUGGCGUCAGAAGGAAGCGCGAGCGGGACAAAACCGGAAAAGCGUACGAAGGUGGCGAUUUUACACAAUGUUGUGGUGACGCUUCCUGAUGACGAGGACGAGCUUUGUGCGUUUAACUCCUUCCAGUUCUGGAGAACUCCCCUGCCGGCGUUAGAUCUGUCGCUCCUGGACAGUCCGUCAACAACCGAGCUCAAAGAGGACAGGUCUGUCAAAGACGGCACAGAAGAAAUGGAGACAUGAUGCAGCAAUAUGUCACUCCAUGAUACGUUAUAAACUCUGUGGUGCAAGGUCAACUUGCAAGUAUUUGGAUUUAAGAAAGGAUGAGCUCCAGGAAUCGACAAUGUAAAGGGAAAAAACUAGAAAGAAUACCAAUACCACAUGCCAGUUCUGCUUUCAAACUGCUUUAUGUUGUUUAAAGAGGAAGUCAUACUGCCACUUGUUUUUUCCCUCCUUCAUGAAUAAUGUGUAUUUCUAAGCUGUUGGUCGGACUUUACAAUGCCUAAUUUACGGUCAUAUGAUUAGAGUCAUUGUUAAAGCACAAACCUGGUUACUUAAUGUUUGUUGAUGGGACAAUGUGCUGCUGUUUCAGUAUUUCUGUUUUGUUCAGAAUGCAUUUCGCUUAAUCUUAACUCUGUGGUUAUGAGCAGAAGAUCGUGAAUUCAAAUUCCAGGACUGCCAGAGAACCUCUCUUGGAUUUUCAUAUAAUAACCUUCAAGAAAAAAAAAGUUUGGUGAAACCUUUCAUUAAUUAAGCAAUUAUCCUGGUCAGGGUCACGGUGGAUCCGGAGUACACCUUGGACGGGGCACCUGGUCCUUUUCAGGGCACUGUGAACACACACAGUCACACACUCACUCACACCUAGGGGCAAUUCAUCUUAGCCAGUCCAUCUACAGGCAUGGUUUUUGGGAGAUGUGAGGAAAGUGGAGAACCUGAAGCGAACCCACACAGACAUGCAGAAUUCCACACAGACAGUAACCCGAGCUCAUGAUUGAACCCUGGAGUUGUGAGGUGCUGCCCUUGCUGAAGCCAAAUGUAUACAAUUCUAUUAUUUGUUAGCUACAUUGGCAUUGUAACUCAACUAAAGUCUGCUUUACAGGUUUCGAUUUUUUUCCAGCCUGAUUUUGCUAUUGGAGGCAAGAAAACAUACAUUGUAAAAGUAUUUUUGACCGUAAAUUGAAAUCUGUAGUCUUACAACACAGCGUAAAAUGCUGACUGGCCUGCGUAGUGGCAUUGCGACUAAGGAGGACCAGCGUAAAGGAAACCAACCCAUCUUGGGUGAUCGACUACAUUUGGGGUUUGGAGAAGAUUUUUACUGAAUAAAUAUGAGGUUUGUGAAUCCUGGCUGAUAGAAUUUCAGAUUCCUGCAAAUUCCUUUUUUUCUUUAUAAUUGUGAUAUGUAACAGUUCAGUAGAUAUUGUACUACUUCUUGUAUUAAAAGUCCAUGUUUUUUUUUUUUUUUUUUUUUUUUUUUUUAACCUUUUAUAUGCUAAAGACUGACCAUACUGAUCUCGUGUGUCAUUCGUCCUCUCGCUCUUAAAAGAAGUCAUCAAUUUUAUAUUUUUCUCAUUCCAUUUGGUCUGUCUACUGCAGUUGCAAAAAAAAAAAAAAAAAAAAAAAGUGAACUUUAUUCCUAUGUUGCUCUACUUUGUGUUUAAGCUCAUGCCUUUUUUUUUUUUUUAACCUUAAAGAGGUCUCACAGUGAUCAUCGCUCAACGUCUCUCCACCAUACAGAACUCUGACAUCAUAGCAAUGAUGUCAUGAGGGUUUGUGAUAGAGAAAGGCACACAUGGUUAGCUCAUGGCCUUAAAUGGAGCUUAUUACAAGCUGGUCAUGACUGAAGCACUAAUCAUUCAUUUGCUUACUAUGGAUCCAACUAAUGUUGAAUGAUUCCCAAAUAGUUAUGUUAAUUAUGCAUAAGAUCUCUUUGCACCACUAAAGCCCUUUGUGUUUUGCUCACACUGCUGUUUAUCACAAAAGGCAGUACUUUCGAAAUGAAAUAAAAUAACUUUGAGACUGCCACCGUGUUGGGUCAACCUCCAAAGACCUUUGAUCCGUGCAAAGGAGGAAAACGAAGUGUGAGAUUUUCUGGGGUACUUUUUUUUUUUUUCCCUUUAUGAGUCACAGCUAGUGAUAAACCAGGCAUGGAGACCACCGCGCCUUCUUAGCAAACCUGCUUAGCAAAUCAUGUCUAAUAUGACAUAGCAGUAAAACACAGCUUUAGGAUCACCUCAGCACACACUCCAGAGUGUCCAGUUCCUUCAGAGCUUCAGAGCCACGCCCACUUUCUUUCCUGCUCUUCUCAGCGCGAGCGCCGUGGUCGCGUGAAGAAUGAUGACUGACUGAACACGCGCGCACACAGUCAGGAUGGAGUCUGGAAAGUCGUGGAUCCAGACGACCUUUUAUAAGAGGGAGUGUGUGAAGUUUUUACCAGCGUCUAGGGACCACCACAGGUGUUUCCCUGUUUGCCAUGUUUGCCAAAACCUAGUCAGAUGUUGCUGUGGGAGGCUAAUCGGCGAGCAUUCAGAGCUCGACUCCAGUUCUUGGCUCCCUCCCUCUGGGGAAGAAGAGGUGUGGUGUGUUGUUCAGCACACCAAAACCAGCCCCACUGAUGCAUUUGGCUCUAUCGACUUCCAGGGCAGCAACAAGUGUUCCUGCCGUGCUAAGUAUGUGCGUUUGUCCUGCGAUGCUAAACCCGAGGAACUUCGCUGUUUAAUGCUGCGAGAGUGGAACAUGGCUCAGCCCAAGCUGCUCAUAUCAGUGCAUGGAGGAACAGACAACUUUUCCUUACCCCCGAGAGUGGGCCAGGCGUUCAGCAAGGGCCUCAUCAGGGCUGCCGAGACUGCAGGGGCCUGGAUUUUCACUGAUGGCUUCAAUACAGGGGUAUCGAUGUAUGUUGGAGAUGCUGUGAAAGUCUAUGGUACACACGAACGCAGGAAGAGAGCUGUGAUUGGUAUCACGCCAUGGGGGCUUAUUGAGAACCAUACUGACCUCAUAGGACGAGACGUCCUGAGGCACUACCAGACUCUGGGGAAUCCACUGAGUAAGCGCUCCAGUCUUAAUCCCCUGCACUCGCACUUCCUGUUAGUGGAUGAUGGAAGUCUAGGUAAAUCUGGAGGCCAGCAAGAGCUGAGGAGAAAGUUGGAGAGGCAUAUCCACCGGCAGAGGAUCCACCCCAGACUGGGUCAGAGAGUUCCCCUGGUGUGUGUGGUGGUUGAGGGGGGUCCUGCAGUGCUCUCCACCGUGCUGGAGUAUGUGAGCAGGUCUCCUCCUGUGCCCGUCAUUGUGUUUGAGGGCACCGGCCGCGCCGCAGACCUGCUGUCUCUCAUCCACAAACAGACAGCAGCGGACAGGGAGCUGGAUGUGAAUAUAAAGGAGGAUUUCCUGCAGCGCAUUGAGAAUGUGUUUGGUGUUGUGAGAACGAAGGCUUAUCAGCUCUUCGCUCUGCUUAAACAUUGCAUGGAGCACAGAGAAGCGAUCACCAUUUUUGACUCAGAAUCAGAGGACCAUUUGGAAGCAGAUGUGGCUAUUUUGACAGCUUCACUAAGAGGCACACCAGCAGACAAAUUAAGCAUUACACUGGCCUGGGACAGAGCUGACAUUGCUCAGCAACAUGUACUGGUAUAUGGACACCACUGGAAGGUGGGGGCCCUGGAGCACGCCAUGCUGAACGCCUUGCUGAUGGACCGGGUCAGUUUUGUGAAGCUGCUUAUUGAGAAUGGCGUGACCAUGAAGCACUUCCUGACAGUGUCUCGCCUGGAGGAGCUCUAUAACAUGAAGCACCAGGGCUCCUCAGAUCACUUCUUACGCCAUAUCAUUGAGGAUGCCAAACAGUGCCGCCUUCCUGGGAAAUAUAAGAUCUCUCUGAUCGAUAUUGGUAUGGUCAUUGAAUAUUUGAUAGGAGGAGCUUAUCGGAGCACAUACAGGAGCAAGAGCUUCAAAGCUGUAUAUAACCGAAUUCACAGUGAACCGAAGGAAGACAGUCGGGAGCAUUCAGCAUCCAGAAGGACUUGCACAGAGCCAGCUGAUCAACCACAGCCUCAAUUCUACAGAACUGCAGAUCCUUACAGACGGAAGAUGAAAUCAGAAUCUGUGCCUAAUAACAUGGAGGCAGUGGUGGCAGAGCUGGGCAGCUCGUCCCUGUUUGUCUACAGUUUCAAUGACCUGUUUGUGUGGGCAGUAUUGAAGCGGCGGCAGCAGUUGGCACUCUUCCUGUGGCAGCAUGGCAUGCAGGCCAUGGCCAGAGCUGUGGUGGCAUGUAGGCUGUACCAGGCCAUGGCCAGCGAAGCCAAGGAAAGCAACAUGGAUGACAGCAUUAUUGAUGAGCUCAAGAAAAAUUCUCUAGAGUUUGGCCAGCUUGCUGUGGAUCUACUAGACAAGGCCUUCAAGGAGAAUGAGCGCAUGGCCAUGAAGCUGCUGACCUGGGAGAUGACUGAUUGGAGCAACUUCACCUGUCUGCAGAUGGCAGUGGCCUCGGGCCACAGGCCCUUCGUGGCCCACUCAUGCACCCAGAUGCUCCUCACCGACCUGUGGAUGGGCCGCUUGAACAUGAGGAAGAACUCCUGGUUAAAGAUCAUUUUGAGUAUCCUGCUCCCCGUGGGCAUCCAGCUGCUGGAGUUUAAGAGCAAGGCCGAGAUGUCCCACGUGCCUCAGAGUCAAGAGGCCAUGCAGUUUGGGAGGGACACCGGGAGCUUUGGAGAGCCAGAAACUGAAGAUGUGAUGCAAGCAGAUGAGAGUGAUGCGGAGAGAGGGAGGAGCCGUGUGAAGCACAGACCAGGCCUUGUUGCAUGGUGGUUACCGUGGUCCAGGAAGGUCUAUGACUUUUACAAUGCGCCUGUGGUCAAAUUCUGGGUACACACUAUGUCCUACCUGACGUUCCUCGCGCUUUUCUCCUACACGGUGUUGGUGCGGAUGGAGCCGAGACCCAGUGUCCCGGAAUGGCUGGUCUUUGCCUACAUCUCAUCCACAGCUGUAGACAAGAUCAGGGAGGUGUGGGUGUCUGAGCCUAGACAGUUCAGCAAAAAACUGAAAAUGUGGUUCAGCGAAUACUGGAACAUGAAUGACUUUGUUGCCAUCAUUCUUUUCUUCACGGGCAUGGCGCUGCGCUGGUACACGGGUCUAAGCCACACAGUUGGGCGCAUCAUUUACUGCCUGGACAUCAUUUUUUGGUUUGUGCGUCUGCUAGACCUCUUGGCCAUUAACCAGCAAGCUGGACCCUACCUCACCAUGAUCUCCAACAUGAUGAAGAACAUGUUCUACAUUGUGGUCAUCAUGGGCAUUGUGCUGGUGAGUUUCGGCACACCUCGGUGGUCCAUCCUAAAUCCACACGAGGAACCGUCCUGGAACCUGCUGAAGCAAGUGCUCUUCCAGCCCUACUUCAUGAUGUUCGGGGAGGUCUAUGCUGGAGAGAUUAACCCCUGUGAAGAAGAUCCCGAUUGUCCUCCCGGUUCAUUCCUCAACCCACUGCUGCAGGCCGUCUACCUCUUCAUGCAGUACAUCAUCAUGGUCAACCUCCUUAUCGCCUUCUACAAUAAUGUUUACAUCCACAUGAAGACCAUAUCUAACCAGCUGUGGCGUUGCAACCGAUACCGUUACAUCAUGACCUAUCACAAAAAGCCGUUCCUGCCUCCGCCUUUGAUCAUCCUGAGUCACAUGGCCUUGUGUGUGAAGGCAGUCUGGCAGAAACAUAGACGGACAUCCACACAUGACAGAGGCUCUGUCCUUAAACUGUUCUUGGCUCCUGAUGAUCUGAAGAAGCUGCUUGAAUUUGAGGAAAAAUGUGUGGCUGGCUAUUUCCGUGACAAACAUGAGAACCAGCACUGCAGCCAGAUUAACCGGAUCCGCCUUGCUGCCGACAAGGCAGAGGAGAUGAUGGGUACCUUAGCCGAGGUAUCUGAGAAGGUCCAGUUCAUCCAGGAGAGCCUGCAGACGCUGGAUGCUCAUCUUGGCCAGCUGCAGGACCUGUCUGCUCUUGCUGUGGAUACCCUUAACCUUCUUUCGGCAUCUGAAAACAGGCAGCAGGAAGCUGUCCACCUUGGUCCCAGUCCCCGAUUCACAGUCAUGUCCUAUUCACAGCCGUCUUCCAUUGAAGGGCAUGUCACCCCGAGCCACAUCCCUUCAUCUCCAAAGGCUUAUUUCAGCAAUCCACCCUCCCUGCCGCGUGGCCUAGCCCAUGGCAAGUCGUACAAUUCCUUAGAGCUUCCGCCAGGGGGUACAGGCAGCUUCUUUGACAGCAAGCUCAAGUGGGUGCUGGGAAAAUUGGAGGCGGAGCACAGAGGUCCAAGAUGGAGACUUGGCGGAGACUCGUCCAUAGGAUUACGUCUCUCGCAUGGAUCUCUGUCCAAUUUGUGGUCAGACCUGCACGGGUCACCUGGGCAGUCAUGUGCCAGCUCUCUCACCACAGUCUGGGAUCAUGAUCCACACCAUCUGACCAGCCAGGAGGGGUCCAUGGAGGAGGAAGAGGAUGAGUAUGAGGAUGAUGAUGUGUUUAUUGACACUAGAGCCAAGAGAGACAGCGUGCUGGGCAUUGUGAAUCCAGCAUUCUGUGGCGAUAGUGAAUUAGCCAUGCCCAGACAAAGCCGUUUCGGCGGGAAGUUUGCCAUAGAGAGAGAGCUGGGUCAUAGCCGCUCGCUCUCUGCUAGUGUGGAGACAUUGGCCACACCCACAAAAAGGCACAGUGCUCCAGGGGAACCCAUACCACUGCAUCCAGCCCAGAAGGACAGAGAUGUCUACAGAAUCUUUGAAAGAAAGCGAUCAUUUGGCCGGAAGUGUGUCAAAAUCAAAGAAGGAGAAGCAACUGAUGUGAGAAGACUGGAAAGGGAUUCGAGUCGGAGGAGCAGGCGGAAAGGGAAGGGAGUGGCUGGACGUAAAUUCCGAACAUCUGUCAGUCUGUCUCAGCUAAAUUUCGAUCACGUGGAUUUCUUACAGAAAUCCUUUACUUUGGGUCAGAACACAAGAAGCCCUAGCCAAUCAGUUUGGAGCAGUUGGGCACGCUCGGCCAGCCGUCGUUCCUCUGUGCAGAGCUGGGUAGCAGUCGAACCUCGAGCUUCUGUGUUUAAGUCACCUGAAGAUUUGGACCCGCAUUACUCUGCUAUGGAGAGGAACAACCUGAUGAGAUUAGCACACACGAUACCAUUCACACCGGUGUCCCUACUGGGAGGAGAGGAGGUGUACGUCUACACUCUGGAGGAGUCGCAGCCCGACUCCAUGCUCUCCAGCGACUCCUCAUGGUGUCAGAGAGGUCAUGCGGCUGUGCUGCAGCCCGUGUCGGAGCAGGGAGUGCUGGAUGGCGGGCUGCGCCGUGCUCAGUGGGCGCUGUGCACCUGGGCCGAGGAAGACGUGCUCAGACCUGGCUGCGUGUACGUGGUCAAGUCCUUCCACGAGGAAGUGGUGCACAUGUGGCAGACAGAGUUCCCCAACAGCACCACGCUUCACCUCUGCUUGAGGGAAAUCCAGCAGCAGAGAGCAGCCCAAAAGCUCAUGCAGGUCUUUAAUCAAGUCAAACCCAGCUCUAUUCCUCAUUCCCCCAGAUUCCUGGAUGUGUCACUGCUGUGCUGGCAGACUAAAGGCCAGUGGCUUACUAUAGAGAGGAGCAUGAGCGGUGACUUCAUGAAGUACAACAGUAAAACAGGAGAAGAAAUCACACCCUCUUCUGGCCUGGAAGAGACAGUGUUGGCUUUCUCACACUGGACUUACGAGUAUACUGGCAGAGAGCUGCUGGUACUUGACUUGCAAGGUGUGGGGGCGGAGCUGACAGACCCCUCUGUGAUCAGAGCAGUUGAUAGCGCAUCCAGAAAAUUGCCGUUUGGCUUGGCCAAUUUGGGCGUUGAUGCAGUCCGGAGCUUUGUCCUCAAACAUACCUGCAACUCGUGCUGCGAGAAACUUGGCCUUACAGAUUUGCGGAAGAGCAGCAAUCUUCACAAGUCAGCCUCUGGAGAGUAUGUCAGCACAGGUUGACCUUUGCUCCGGAAGUGUUUAUUUUUUUUUUCCACCUGGUGUGUACUGAAUUUUUAACCGUAAUACAAAGAAACACAAAGCGAUCCACUGUCAUAUUGUCCAUGCCCCUUAUACACAUCACACAAUACAAACUGUGACUUCUGCCAUGAGUUCAUUACUCAUAGGAAAGCUUGAAGGAUGUUAUUAAUAUCUAUAGGAUUGAUUUGUACAAAUAUCCUACAACAUCAUGGCAAUCUAGAUUUUCUUAAACAUUUUGUGAGUGUACAGAAACUGCACACAGACUGUUGAUUUGGGGAGCUAAUAUUAUGUUUCUGUUAAAACUUAAGUUAUCAACAAUAAGCUGAUGAUAUAAUAAUCUGAUCCAUCUGCAUUUCUAAACAUUAACUGAAGAACUGGACCUGCGUCUGCAGGAUUUUAUAUAUUGCCAUGCUGCCACCUGAUUGGCUGAUUGGAUAAUUGCAUGCAUGUGCAGAAAUGCAGGUGUUCCUAUUAAAGUGGCCAGUAAGUGUGUGAUUGGUGUGAUUACAAAUCACACGUAAGUUCAAUCAUCUUUCAUGCGACAUUUAUGGAGCUCUGGUUGUCGAAGUGAACAGCAUCGGAGGGACAGUAUAUGAGAUGUCACACGACGAACUUUGUGCCAGUUACAUUUACAAAUCAUGCAAUUAUUAUUAUUAUUGUUUGUUUUUUUUUUAAUAUUGUUGCAUUGCAGAACAGUGUAGAUCACUUUGUAUAGACAGAGCACAGUGUUUAACAUGCAGAACAAACAAGGUUUAUGGUUAAAUAAAAAUGAGCCAGAG